GACCUCGGGCGGCGGGUCGCGUCGGCCGGGCAUGGCUGCAUGGAGCCCGGCCGCGGCAGCGCCUCUGCUCCGCGGGAUCCGCGGGAGAAGUUCUUCCACUGCGGUGACUUUCAGCGUGGACAGUGAUCAUCCGGGGAUGUCAGUUGAUUGUUCCACUAAACGCCGCUGCCCACAGAUCCGCUAAGAUGAAAGGCUUCUCCCAAGGAUUCUGCAACGCUCACCACUCUCAUCCCUUAGUAGCUGCCGAUUCUGUCUGCCGUCUGGUUACUCUCUGCCUUUACCCCCAAGAUUCUGUCCCCAGAAGCAGCUCCACCCCACCCUCACUCCCGGCAAUCCUGUCCAGCCUCUCAACAUCGAGUUUCUGUCCCUCCAUACAGCAGGCAGACAAUCACACUCUGGACCUUUCUCCUGUCCUGCAUUUCUGUCCCUAAUUGAAUAGUUCUUCCCCUGCUCAUUCAUUCAUCCAGCACCAAGUGCCUCUGAGGGCCUGCCCUGGGGUCAGCACUGGGAUGCUGCUGGACUCAUUCCUGGCCUAUAAGACCAGUGGUGAGAGAGCCAGUGCACAGCUCAUUUUAAAGGAGGUGCUCUGAGAUUGUGUGACACAGGACCCCACUCUGAGCUAUCAGGAAGGACUGAGGGGUAGACGGGUGGGACCUUCAGCACCAGCACCCAUGAACGGCCCUAGUGUCCUCCAACCUGUCAUCCACAUCUAGUCAGGGACCAGUGCCCGGUGCUUCCGUCAUUGUAAUGCCUCUUACUUGGGCAUCUCUCCUGACUCACUCCAGAAGGCACUGUUUCCUGCAGGUUACUUUGGUACCAUGAGCCUGGGUUCCAUCACCUGGAGUCCCAUCUCCUGUCCGAUACAGUCCACAAUCUUUAGCCUGGCAUUCAAGGCCUGCCACACUCCAUUCCCAGUCUGCCUUUUCAGCAUGCCCUCAGCCCAGCCAAGUGACUGCCAACCUACCUUUCUGCUCCUUCACUACUAACUGUUGAGACGUGUUCCAUCAGAAACACGGGCUCCCCUGGCCGGGCGCGGUGGCUCAUGCCUGUAAUCCUAGGAUUUUGGGAGGUUGAGCUUCCACUUCACCAUCGGAUGUUUGCCACCCAGACUGAGGGGGAGCUCAGAGUGACCCAAAUUCUCAAAGAAAAGUUCCCACGAGCUACAGCUAUAAAAGUCACUGACAUUUCAGGUGGAGCUCGGCUGCCCCCACCUCAUGGGAUGGCAGUCAGGAUUCAGAAAUAUCAGCGGGAAACUGAGGACAAGGCGCAGCUGGGAGGACUCAAGGUUGCCAGCCUGGCUCAGCUCAGACAAGGCACUAAAAGAAGAAAUCAAAGGAAUGCAUGGAUUGCGGAUAUUUACCUCUGUCCCCAAACACUGACCACGCCCUGGCUGCAUAGAUGCUGCUGCUUACGACCUUGGAUGAACUUCACUGACAUCAUUCUUCCCUAAGCAGUCACCAAAAAAUUUAUAUAUUUUGGUCAUAUACAUUUCCAUAUUAUAAUUAUAGAAGAUGUAUAAUCUAUUUAGAUGUUAAUUAAAGGAAACAACUGAAA